CCGGAAGUGGGAGUUUUAGCCAACUUGUUGGGUAGCAUUAGCAGCGUGAGUUUAACACCGGAAAGCUCGGCUCUGUUCGCGGAGCGUUUGGAUGGAUUGUAGCCGAUAGAGAUGUGGACACAGCGGCUGGAUGCCGCAGCGGAGCACAGACACGAAAACCUGGAUCCUAUUUCCGAUCCAGAAGUCCGGCUCCACCGAUCAGAUACUCGGGUUGGAAAAAAGUAUCUGCUGCUUCCAGGAAACAAUGAUGACAGAGACUGCAGCCUGUGGAACAUCAUUGAGGUUCCUGCAGAUGUUCAACAGAAAACGUUAAUUAAAAAAGAAGCUUCUGAAGAACAUGGUCCUGCUGCCGCCCAGCAGUCAGUCCACAUCAAGGAAGAAGAGGAGGAACUCGGGAUCGCUUUGGAGGAAGAUGAUGUCACUGCAGUUCUCAUCAAGAGUGAAGAUGAUGAAGAGACUCCACUGCUCUUACAGUUUAAUCAUCACAAAGUGGUGGACAGAGAUGCUCCGACCAGCAGCUCAGCAGACCAGAUUAAAGCUGAAAUUAAUGAAGGGGUUUACCGAGGAGCAGAAUUCUCCAGCAACUCAAAUACAAAAACUACUGCAGAGACUUCUUCCUCUUCAGAGACUGAAGUCAGUAUUGAGGAUGAAGAGGAGGAUUCUAACCAUGUGCAAAAAACAUUUUUUUGUGAUUUUUGUGCAAAACGAUUUAAACUUAGGACAGACUUAAACAGGCACAUCAGAGUUCACACAGGAGAAAAACCAUUUUGUUGUGACAUUUGUGGACAAAACUUUAGGUUAAAAAUACAUCUUGACACACACAUGACAAUUCACACAGGGGAGAAGCCAUUUGGGUGUGAUGUCUGUGGUCAGGUAUUUAGCCGGAAGUCGCAUGUAAGCACCCACAUGAGAAUCCACACUGGUGAGAAACCAUUUGGAUGUGAUGUCUGUGGACAGACCUUUAGCCAUAAGACCAACUUAAACACACAUAUGAAAACUCACACAGGAGACAAACCGUUCAGAUGCCAUGUAUGUGCACAAAGAUUUAGUCAAAAGAUCAAUUUGAACACACACAUGAGAAUCCAUGCAGGCGAGAAACCUUUUGGUUGUGAUGUUUGUGGACAAAGGUUCAGCAGAAAGGCACAUUUAAAUACACACCGGAGGACCCACACAGGAGACAAACCAUUCAGUUGUGAUGUUUGUGGACAAGCAUUUAGCCAUAAGACCAACUUAAACACACACCGUCGAAUCCAUACAGGGGAGAAACCAUUUGGCUGUGAUGUCUGUGGACAGAGAUUCAGCCAAAAGAUCAAUUUAAACACACAUAUGAGAAUCCACACAGGGGAGAAACCGUUUGGGUGUGGUACAUGUGGACAGACAUUUAACCACAAGACAACUUUAAACACACACAUGAGAGUCCACACAGGUGAGAAACCAUUUGGAUGUGCUACCUGUGGACAAACAUUUGGCCAUAAAAGCAGUUUAAAAACACACAUGAGAGUCCACAAAGUGGACAACCACUGUCAGGAAGAAAUUUCUGCACAAAAAGUUUAACCAAAACACACAUAUAAACAGUGGAGGUUAAUAGGAGGACAGCAGUACAACAAACAUCUAAGUUUAACAAAUAAAUUCAAAAUAUCUGUUUUCUGUGGAUUUUUAUUUUGUGUUUUAAUAACUUAUUAAAUGCUAUUUUGUCUGGGUAAAGAGCUCUGUUGGGAACAUACGGGGUAAUCAGAGCUCUGAUAUAUGGUGGAGUUUGAUAUUAAGGACUAUAUUCUUGAGAAGGAGAAUUUUGAAUUCUAUUUUUGAUUUAACAGAAAGUCAAUAAAGGGAAUCUAAAAUAA